AUGUGGCGUGAAUACCAGGUUCUCAAUGUGCCUAUUCUCAGUGUUUGCUGGGGGACAAUUUCUUCUCCCACAGAAGACAAAGCUAGUGCGACUGCUGCUGGUGCUGCUGCUGCUGUUUCCGACAAAUCGCCAACUCCCACUGAUAACCAGUCUCAUGGCCUCUGCCUUUUUGUAUACGGUUGGCAAACGAUGGAGUCCCCCGGUGUCUCUUCCGGCACCACCCCCGUGGGUCCGCUGAAGAACUUUGUUGUGCGUCUAGAUUUGCGCACGGGGCAACAACAACAGGUCUUCAGCCAGCGUGACGGUGACUUUGAGCUGCGCGCCAUGAAGAUGGCGCUGCAAAAGACGGGUAGUCCGGGUGCAAACAAAGUUGGACGCUGGUUCAGUGUAGCCUCUGAGCUGGCAGAUCAGGCCAUGUCUAACGUCUCGUGCAUCCGACUGAUGCGCGUCAGUCAUUUGGGGUCUGACGCGGAUCAAAAGGAAGGUAGCGACCACCUGUUUUCUCCAGACCCGUCACCAAAGGCCUAUGUCAGGGAAUCUCUUAUACUCUGUACCUCACCCCUGAGCCUGAAACUCUUUACUAUAGAAGGCUCCGAAGUGGACUCAGUGCCGAUUUCGAGCACAAUGUGA